UGCGCAGAUCCCUGGCAGGUUACACGAGUUUAUUUUCAGCCCUCUUGGAGACGAGUCAUGACACCAAAAACGAAGUGUCUUGCAGGAAUGCUUUCCUCUUCUGUAGCUUUGGCAUGAAUCAGCAUCGAGACACAACUAAGGUUUGGAUUCCAAAAUCGUCAUGUGAAAUGCUGCGUAGUUUAUUGGUGCUACCAGUCACUAGCAGUGAAAUAAAGCCAGGCUAGCGUAACAACUAGCAAAAACAGCUCCGCUAGCCAACAUUAGUCUUGGUCUUGUGUGAUAGACAUAAUUUACUCUAGGAGAAUAGCAUGCAAUACAUAUAGAUUGAGUGCGCAAACUGCUCUUUUCGCACGAACUAUUAAGUUAAGUAAUGCGACGCAGUGUGCUUAUAUUCGUGUGCUAUCUCAGCUAAUGUCCAUCGACAUACAGCUAGGUUGCGUUCAAUAAGGUCGGGUUAAAGGGCUGAAAUGAAGAGUCCAUAAACUGUGUGUUUGCAAGCAACAUACGACGCUUACCAUACAGAAUGGCAGCCACUGGAUUCUCUGACCUGAGGGACAAGCUCAAAUCCAUGACCCCGCACAGGGAGGAGACGUAUAAAGACAAAAACGUGGACGGAACAAAUGGCAGCGGAAAGGUUCGAAAGCGCAAGUUCCGAGAGUCUGAUGAGGACGAAGUUGUUGAGCACAGCGACGAAACCAGGGAGAGCCGCGAGCAAGAGGCUCGGCGUGUUAAGAUUGACAUCGUACAGAAGGGCUUAUUUUCAUUGGAGGAAUGUGCCCUCAUCGAAGAUAAAAUAGACGAGGUGGUGGCCAUGGGAGAGGCUGGACAAUACCGGGAACACACUGUAGACAGGGCACCUCUCCGAAACAAGUACUUCUUUGGAGAGGGAUACACGUAUGGGGCCCAGCUGGAGAAACGUGGACCUGGCCAGGAACGGCUGUACCGGAAAGGGGAGGUGGACGACAUCCCUGCUUGGGUGGACGAGCUGGUCAUCAAGCGUCUGGUGUCCGACGGGAUCAUUCCAGAGGGCUAUGUGAACAGUGCAGUAAUAAAUGACUACCAGCCGGGAGGUUGUAUUGUGUCACACGUUGACCCCCUGCACAUCUUUGCCAGGCCCAUAGUGUCUGUGUCCUUCUUCAGUGAUAGUGCCCUUAGCUUCGGCUGCCGGUUCCAGUUCAAACCCAUCCGGGUGUCAGAGCCUGUGCUGGUCCUGCCGGUGACGAGAGGAAGUGUGACAGUCCUCAGCGGCUACGCUGCCGAUGAAAUAACCCACUGCAUCCGGCCACAGGACAUCAAGGAAAGGCGCGCUGUCAUCAUUCUAAGGAAGACCCGACCUGACGCGCCUCGCCUGGAUGUCGACCGCACCCUGAGCUCCCUGCCCCCAGAACGACCCAUCCCCCUGAAAGCCAAGCGCUCCCGACGCAGAGCAGACCCCGACGCGGCUCACAGGCCAAGGGUUCUGGAGAUGGAUAAGGAGGAGAACCAACGCCCCUCCCACUCCCAUCACCGUCGCCACAGCAGCAGCAGUUCCGAGAACUACUGGAGGCGGGGGCAGGAGUAUGAUAAACACAAAGAGAGUUCAGAGAGACGCAAAGUCAAGAUGAGGCGCCAUUAGGCUCGACAGACCCGCAGCAUACAACAGCCCUUGUUUCUAUAACUGAAUUUAUAACGUGAAUGCGACUAUUUUAUUCUGAAGGGCAAACUCGUCACCUUGUUUUUUCCUUAAGUUUGAAUCCGUUUGGUUGUUUCUUUUUGGCAAAUUAAGUCAGCAUCUUUGCUAUACACAGUAGAAACUCAAAUACGCUACUGACAUGCGCGGUUCUCCUACUGUUAUUUAUUCCGUUAUAAAAUAAAUCCUGUUUCUAUGUUCAUAGGAAGCAAAAUGGCAUGUAUUUUUUGUAACCAAGUUGUACAGACCUUAAAAGCUAACAUAAGUUUAAGGGGAAUAUAUAUAUGAACAUCUACAAAGCAUAACUUGAAGUGUAUUCAAUCUUGUUAUAUUGUACAAAAAAAUGUUUGUAAAGACUUUGAUUGGAAGAACCUUUUGUGUGGAAAGAAACCUUUACUUUUUCACAUAUACAGGUCUGACCCACAUCAUGCAGCGUUGUCUGAAUUCAUUUCUUGUCUGGUGGCUAAUCUCCCUUUACCACAGGUUCACAUAUUCGUUUAUUUAACAUAAUAUGGCAGACAGGAAAAUAAAGCUGGUUUGGUCUUUA